AUGGAUAUCUGCAUAGUGACCAGCGACGGUAGAGAUGCCACCUGCUACGAAUACUGCUCCUCUGAUGGCUGCAACCUCCAGGUCAACAAUUUUCACCUCUACAAGUUCGUCAAGAGAGGUGGCAGGAAUGAUUUCAGUGAGUACGAAGGAACUGGUGAUGAUUACAACAAAAAUGAUGGAACUGAAGUAAUGAAGAGAAUCAACAAUCUCGUCGACGUUUGGCAAAUCGACAAAAUGGAUUUCUUCGCAUCGUUCACGAAAAUGUUGAGGAGAGAGCCAGGGGUGACAAACGUGCAAAACAUUCUCUACGCCUUCGUGCCUGCAAUCAGGAUGACACUCGAUGGCGUUGAUGUUGAUGUGCUGUUUGCCAGGCUGCCGGUGAAAGAAUUGGAAGAUACCCUGGAUCUGAUGGACGACGACAUGUUGGAGGGUUUGGAUCAGAAAUUUUUCAGGAGCAUCAACGGUUAUCGAAACACGAUUGAGAUUUUGAACCUCGUCCCACACGUCCAAAACUUCAAAACGACCUUACGAGCCAUCAAACUUUGGGCCAAAAGAAGAGGCAUCUACUCGAAUGUCCUCGGCUUCAUGGGUGAAGUGUCGUGGGCGACAUUGGUGGCCCACAUCUGUCAGAUCUAUCCAAAUGCAACUCCAUCAGUCCUCGUCCACAAGUUCUUCGUCUUAUUCUCACAAUGGAAGUGGCCUCAACCAGUUCUGCUGAAACAUCUGAGUAAGAGUAAGAAGUCCGGAGGUUUUGGUUGCUGGGAUACUCCGGACGAUUUGAUGCCGAUCAUCACACCAUGUUACCCCAACCAGAACUCAGCACACAACGUCAGCAGUUCAACUAAGGCACUCAUAGUGAAAGAACUUAGUAGGGGUCUGAAAAUUUCUCCAACGGUUGAUUCAGCAAAUGCAGCCUGUCAUUUGGAAUGGUCUGGACUCGUUGAAUCUAAACUUAGAAUCUUGGUUCAAAAGUUGGAAACCAAUCCUGAAAUUAAGCGGGCUCAUAUAAGUCUUGAGGAGUAUCUAACAACAAAUAAUACGUUUCAUAAUAACAGGGCAGAUGAACUUUCCAAACAAUGGAUCGUUGGAUUGUCACUGAGUAGAGCCAUGGACGACGAUGUUUUUCUAACUGAAGAGACAUGCGACUUUGUCGAUCUAGAUCUACUCGUGUGCUCUAGUUUGGAUAUAGGGGAAAACCUGCCAGAGGAACAAACCAUUAUACCAACCAAGUCUCAUCAUUUUUCAUGUAAUCAGGAUCACCUUAUUGACAACUUCGCAAUGUAG